AUGAGCUCAACGAAGCAAAGAUUUCGAAAACGGAAACUACGAAUGACUUUGUGGCGCUCUCGCUUAGAAUUGAAUCACCCAUACAUGCUUCCAGGAUCGAGAAAGCUUCGCCUCAAACCGAUUCCCGCAAGUUGGGACCCCAAAUGGACUCCGUCGAGAACGCCGCUUUUUGAUCCAAGAAGCUGUUUGAACCAGUACUUCACGGAUUUCUUUAAAAUCGAGUGUCCAGUUGAGGGAUGGAGCUAUAACAUUGAAGAACUUAUCGAGCAAAUCGCCUCAUUG